CAAAGAAGCUAAUUGCGCGAUGAACAGACUUCCGGUUCUGGAAUGUUCUAGACGUUAAGAAAAAACCGGAAACCCCCGACAAGCUUCGCAAAUAUGUAUGUACAAAUCUUGAGAUAGAGAUUGACGCGAAUAUAUUCGUCUUCUUCUAAUACAUACGACACGUUUCGCGUUGCAGUUUUGAUAUUGUAAAAACGAAAACAUUUUUCUCGCUUAAUCACGGUGCAGUGAGUUUACAAAGCAUGCAAUAAUAAAGUUAAAAAAAUAUUAUUAUAGUGUAAUUGUAGUGUUUUAAUAUGCAGAGAUGGCUGAAUUUGCAUAUAUUAAGUUUUUGAAAAGUGAAGGAGGAAAAAAGGCUGAGACUCAAAAAGUUCAUGUAUCUCAAAUACACAAAUAUAACGAGAUACCAUGUACGUCUUUCCAAACUUAUAAGGUCGACAUUAAACCUGGCGUCAUCAAACAUGCCACAAUUCUAUUUGUAGCUGAAUGGAAUCUUUAAAAAGGAAACAAGAAAAUGAGUGCCUCCCACCUCCUGCAUCAACAAAAUUGCCAAAGACUAUUCAAACAGAAAAAGUGAAUUUAUCCGAUAAUGUCACCAAAGAUUCUGAGACCGUAGAAACAUCAAAAUUUAUUAAUAAGGAAAGAAAUCCUUUAAAAAUUAUAAAUAAUAAUAAGCUGAUUUCUAACACUCCUACAAAUUCUGCACCUUUGGUUAAAGUUAUUAAAAAGAAAGAAAACUUUAAAAACAUUAUAAGUGGAAAGUUGUCUAAAAAAAAUCAGAAUUCAAGCUCUGCCAUGCUAGUUAAGAAAACAAAUGUGAAAGUCACUAGUAAAGGAAUAGAUAUUACAGAAAAGGGACAGAGAACAACUCUUAAGAAUUUGAUGAGUCCUCAAAUCACUAAACAAAAGUCUACAUCUAUUGGAAAACUUUCUCCAGUUAAUGGAACUUGUAGUUCUUCCCUAAUUCCUGUAUCUUCAAAUGAAUCAGAAAUCGUUUUCAGACACGAUCAAGACUAUCAAGAUGAUCAGAACCUGGAUAGUUCAAUUGCCAAAGAAUCAAAUUUUGAGAAAUGUAUGAAUGUCGAGAAAGAAGAACGAGAGGCUCAAAAUGCUUUAAAGGAGAAGGAUAAAAUUGCUGUUGGAAAACUUUCUCAAGUUAAUGGAGCUGGUAGUUCUUCCCUAAUUCCUGUACCUUCAAGUGAAUCAGAAAUUGUUUUCAGAGACGAUCAAAACAGCCAGGACGCUCAAAAUAUGGAUCGUCCAGAUGCUAAAGAGUCGAAUUCUAAGAAAUAUAUGAAUGUCGAAAAAACGGAACGAGGGGCUCAAAAUGCAUUGAAGGAGAAGGAUAAAAUUGCUGUUGUAAAACUUUCUCAAGUUAAUGAAGCUACACUGAAAAAAAUUCUUAGUAGAUUUGACUACUUUUUAACUACUUUCCUUAGUUCAAUAAGUCCCCAAAGAUAAUUUUGAACUUACA